UCCAAUGAAUGUCGCUAGGGCUCACUGAAGCAGAAAAAACGAACGCAUUCAGGACGCCGUUGAAUGCGUUCGACACACGUUGAUCCCUCAUAUUUCCAUGUUACUAGGAAUUGUUUCCACUCAGGAACAGAAAGGUUAUAUACUAACUAACGGACAUGAACCAGGACCGGAAGUUGUAAGUCUCUGUUCCAGCGACACGUAUGUACCCGUAGUACAUACCAUAUAGCACAGCUCGGGAACACACGUACAAAUGGAAAUCACCUGUAAUCAUGGAGGUAAUCCGGUUAAUGGCACAGGUGGGACCAAACGGGUACUAAUUAUCUUCGCUCACCAAGACCGGAAGUCCUUUAAUGGAGAGCUUCUGAACGUGGCUACGCACGAGCUCGAAAGUCAAGGCCACACGAUAGAAAUAUCGGACCUGUAUUUACAAGACUUCAACCCAAUCGCCACAAAAUGUGAUAUUUCAGGAAAUUUAAAUGAUAAGAGGGUUCGUAACAACACCGACGGAGGGAAACAUUGCUGUGACGAAGGUGAAAUUUCACCGGAGAUCCGGUCCGAGAUGACUAAACUCGAGGCCGCAGAUCUCGUGAUAUUUCAGUUUCCGAUGUAUUGGUCUUCUACUCCUGCUAUUCUGAAGGGCUGGUUCGAUCGUGUUUUGCAGGACGGAUUUGCUUUUAAUUUCGAAAAACAACAGAUAUUAGACAACGGACUGAUGGCGGGGAAGACGGCGUUACUAUCCGUUACGACCGGGGGGAGUCGGUCAAUGCUGUCUGACCUCGGAGUGUCCGGAGACAUAAAUGUCCUCCUCUGGCCAAUACAGUAUGGAGUAUUACGGAUCUGUGGAUUCAACGUUCUUUCUCCCCAACUGUCGCAUGGGUUGCCGUUAAUUGCGGAAUCCACACGCACAGAUUAUCUAUCUGAGUGGCGGAAACGACUACAAAAAAUUUGGACGGAAGUCCCACUAUCCUUCCCGGCAUGCUCUGACUAUGAUUCAACCACAUUGACUCUCACCAAAGACUUUAUGGAUAGAACUAAACAAUCAGAAUGUUCGCCUUCUAUAGGACAUCACAUGAACAAACCUCUACCCCCACAAAAGUGUAGUUAUACGUCGGGGACAUCUAUGAACGUUUAAUCAACGUUAUAGUAUAGAUCAUGUAAUUUAAGUUGUGGUAUAUAUUAUCCACCAAGACACUGACAUCUGUCAUCUAAUGCCGGUAAUGAGUUAUCAUUAUGAACAUUACAAAACGUUACCUUUUAAUUCCACACCUUUCAAACCUUAUUCCAUUUGGUGACGUAAGUUUCCUGUUUAUUAUUAUUAUAUUUUACAAUAUUUUUUUAAAUAAAAAAAACAAUUGUC